AUGUCGAAAAUGAACAAAGAUGAUCAACUGCUUCAGCCUAACCCUCUUAAUAGGAAGGGAAGCUUUCAGACCGACAGCUCAUUGGAUCAAAGCGCUCCUUCCGCAGCGGGUAGCACGUUCAGCGACCCUGGUACCACGACGAGCUCAGUAGCUGGUGGAGACCUCACAACACAACGGGCACCAUCGUCAACCCUGCUGAUAGGAUCCAAAGAGCCUGGAGUCAAGGCGAACGCCUCCACAGGCUAUUGUGGCAUGUUGUCAUCUCCAACAAACCGUCCCACCACUUCUGUGAUCAAGAACAAUCCACACUCGAAGACUGCCGUUGGACGGCUAACCUAUGAGUUGACGGACCUACCACCUCUCUUCGUCGCCACAGUGGAGACUCUGUGCCCCAAAACAUCUGCGCAAGAGCCGAUUGACAAUUGGGAGGCCGUGGCGCACAAACGACUGCGCAAGGAUGCCGUCAGGGAGAUGAUCGCAAAAACGAUCAAAGUCGAUGAUUUGGCUAACGUUGCGAUCAAUCAAGAUGGGAAUGGAACCCUGGAUCAGGUGGUCGUGCCGGUAAGCCCCGAAACACAAGCCCUGACUCAAAACUUGGUGCCUGGACAAACUGAGCUCGAUCACACCAAGAUGAUGGCGAAGAAGGCAGAGGCUGACAGUAAGGAGGAGGCUGCCAGCAAGGCUGCUGCUCAUCGUCCGGUCGCUUGCAAAAUUCUUCCCCAGAAGGAUAUUGAUGACAAAAAGAAAGCAGAGCUUUACUGGAAAAGUUUCGACUCCCUUAUCCAAAUGAGAACAAGUCAGAUUGACGAUCCUUCCGGUACGAGCAGGCACACUUGUUACAUCCAAGACUUCCCCUCCGUCAUCAAUGGCCCCAACAAAAUCAAUCCUUUCCUAUGUUCUCAGCGAGCAGUCCCCAUGGAAGUUGGCUCAGGUCUGUCGCUUGGCUUGCGCAUCCAGCCAAGCUUGAACACCGAUCACAAGUGUCUGCAUUUGGAUUUCGACCUCGUUGCAUAUGAUCCGAAGGGCUCUCUGCACUCGGCCUUGUUUGAUGCUUUUGGCAAAAACGGCCUGCUUUCUAAGCCGUUAGAGCAUCUGACUGUCCUUGCGGGUCUUCUAAAGGGCCUGCAGGUUCGAUGCAAAUACGUUGUGGAAAAGGACCCCCUGGAACCCGGCAAAAAGGCAUCACUCUUGGACAGUAAAAACUCCUACCGUGGUCGUCUUUUUAGGAUCGCGGACGUCAAGAUACCGGAAGAUGUCAAGUUCAAUGUUGGUACCGAGACAUACACCGUGGCCUCAUUCUUCAACGAGCGUAAGUGUAACCUUUGGUUCUGUAAUGCGCAACCAGUGAGACUGACUUACGCUAGCAAAAUCACGAUGGGAAAAGUUCUCUUCGAAGUCGCCAAUAACGUCGUUUUCGUCCCCAAUGUUCGAGACAUUGUACAGCAGCCCGCUGAAUUAGCCAAGAAGAUUCUAGCUCGGUCUAAUUUUGAAGCCUCCAUCAACGUGGCAGUCGCCGAAGACAACGUGACAGGUGCAUGCCGUACUCACGCCUCCUUCCUCACGAGGAUUAGGCAAGGCUUAGAGCUGCCUCUGUCGGAUGACACGUCUCUUGUGAUGGCACAGGCGCAAGUUGCCGACAUUGGUACUGCUGCUGAAGUGCAAAAAAAGAAGAAUUCAAAAACCAAGCUGUACAAUAUCUUGCACGGUACGACUGCCACCAACCGAACUAGACUUGUUCUAGGCUUAAUGGAGUCAUCUAGUAUGGUUCGCAAGCAGCUGCGCAAGUUUACAGAUUAUGAGGCCAACACUCUACUCGUGGAUGUCACCAAGGACUACAUGCGAAAGUGCAUCGCGACUCGCAACAAUGAUGACCCGUACUUCCCACAAAGUGUCAUGGACAAGUGCAACUUCAAGCUCGGCGGCACAAACUAUAGCACGAAUGUUUUGGAUGUUGGUCCCUCUAUCGCCGCUGUGGUGGCGAGCACAGACUCUACUGCAUUGCAAUUCCCUGGAUCUGUCACGAUCCAGCAGACUUUCGACGAAUACACCACACGUGGAGCAGAAGACAAGACGACUUUGACAGCACCGGUUCUUCCCCGUGUUCUUAGCCUUCGAAGUAUGAUGGAAAAGCGCUUUGAAGCUUGGUCAAAUCCUCAGAAACCUCCAAAGGACAUUCUCUUCUACCGCAGCGGUAUCAACUUCGACAACAACGCAACCAUCGAGCAUGAAUACCAAGGCAUCAAAGCGGCUUUCAAUUCGAAGUGGCCGGGCUUUGAACAGCCGUGCAUCACUUGCGUGGUAUACAACAAGAAUGCCCAGAUCACGUUUUUCCGUGAUUCUCAACUCUCCUCGAAGCUGGACUUGGACGCAGCAACCGUGCCCCCGGCACCUGAGAUCGUAUUUGGCACAAACGUCGGCCAAGCACAGAAGUACAAGUAUUACGUGCUUAAGAAUGAAAUCGGCUUUGACGAGGCGGAACUGAAACAACUGCAAGACCGGACCGCCAAGGCUCUGCCCCUGGUUUGGGCCAGCAAGCUCGCCGCUCGAGUGCACGAUUAUUACUACGAUACCUUCAAGCUGGAAGCGAGUGUCCUCUCGAGAAAUUUCAAGGUCGAGGAUGAUCACAACGUGGUGGCUGCUGGGGCGAAAUGUCUGUUUUGA